CCGCGGCCCGCCAGUUUACCGUUGCGAGGCGCGUAGUGCGGCCGGACGCUGGACCGCCCCCCGCGCGCCGCCGGCACCCUACUGUCUGCUCCCCCUGGACUGUCUGUCGGGACCACCACCACUCCAUCCUUCUGUGCUACCGAGGGGUGUUCAUAAACUUAUUCAAUCGAUUUGUUCGCUACCAUAAAGACGAAGUGUUCGUGCUUAUUUCACAGGAGUGUUAAUCCGAUUUAUGGUUGUUUAUUGGAUCGUUUGUUUCUUACCAGAGAUAAAACGAAAAUUUGGGCUGUGACACAAAAAUAAAGGAUUCAACUUCACCUGGACUUCUGGAGAAAACAUGGCAUAUUUCAUCAAGUUGAUCGCUGACACAUUCGAGAGCCCAGCGAACUAAGUUCUUGAGCAGCCGCGAAUAGGGUCGGGGUGAAUAAUGGGAAAAAGGAACGUACGGAUCAAGUUCGCACACUCCAUUGGUCCGCCGCUCGACUCCAGCUCGCCGGGCGCCAGCGAGUAGCCCGCGCCCGCACCCUCUCCCAAACUCUCAGUUACCGACGCUCUAGCGACUGCCAAUUAAGUACAAGUCAUACCGGGUUUUAACUCAUUUAUUUUAACUUAGAUAUAUUUAUUGUAGUACAAAGACAAGCCGAACACAUACGCGACGAGAGUCUGCUUAAUGUAGCAAGAUAACAGAGCCGAGUAGACGUCCUCGGUCGAAUAAUUGAAACGGUAGUCAUGACGGCCACUGCCCCAGAACUGUCAAAAUCAGAUUUCUUUGAUUUCGUGACGUCCAACGAGGUUACUGAUGCACAAUAUAAGCAGCAAAUGCGAUCUGUGAAUGUGUUCAUGGAAUCACCUGACUCGAGAUCGAAUCCUUUGCUCUCAGAAGAGCCGAAGGAGCAGAAUAACAACAGCUUGUUGAGCGUCAGCGCCGCGCCCGCCGCCGCCAACAACAUGGCCGCGGCUACCACUUCCACCACCUUGCAGAGCUUUGACUCUAUUUGGAACGUAGACCGCGACCGCGAUCGUUUGGACACCACCAUGUUAGAAGACCUGAACAAGUUUUAUUGGAACCAAGAUAAUGAAAUGAAUGGUACACAUCCAUGCACCGAUACUGCUAUAUCCAACAAAUUAAUUAGUAACACAGACGGGCAAAUAUACACGCUCACAGUUCUUAACCAAGACGUAAAUGAACCCAGUACGAAUCGUUACAAUUCGCAGUACGAGGAAGCUUCAAUGUCCAGCCCAGCGGACAUAGAACAACAAUCGUCAUUGGAUCUCGAAUCAAUAUUAAAUAUGAAUGGAUUUCCAAACGAUUUUAAUCCAGAUCUCCCAAAAGUAAGUGACUUUACAUACGAAGAAGGGGAUUCAGAAAGUCAAACUGCAGAUAUGAGUUCGAGUAGUUUGGUCAAGGUUGAACCUUACACUUAUGAAGAGAACGAGUUCCAGUCGAAUGAUAAAAAAGACGAAUGUUUAAGCCCUGUUGUAGGUAAUACUACUAUUUUAGAUACGCAAGUUGAUUUCGACAAUAACAAUGAUUGGAAAUUAACCAAUCAAAAUACUGAAUCCACUGAAUCCUUACUGAGAAAUGCGUUACAGGGAAAAGCAUUCAUUAGAUACAGUACAUUACAGAAAAAUACUAUUAAACUGGAAGGUAAUACAGAAUUAAAAAGAGUAAUUAUUAACAAUAACAACAAAACAGAUAUACCCUCUAUGUACCAAGAUCGGAAAGCUGCUGAUACGGAACUAUGUCUAAUGUCAAUGCCGACAGAAAACUUAAACAUAUCAAUUUUAUUCGAGGAUCCAAACACAACAGUAAUUACCAAUGGAGAAAACCCAUCUUCAACUCAAAAUGUUGAUGAUAUUUUACUAUCAACACUUGAUAAUAAUUACCCUGAGGAUUAUGAAAAAUUAAAACGAAUAGCUACUGAACUUGGUGAAUCAAUGCAACCGUUUUAUACGGUGGAGCCCAUUGAUCCGACGCGAAAUGUAUAUAACAUACACCAUGUAAACGGGGAACUAGUGACGAUACCCGCCAGUGAAGUACAACUAAACCCACACUUACAAAUAGUGACUGCGUCGCCGACGAUAUCAAGUACGAAACCAGGGAGCAAAAAGCAUAGAAGACCACAAAACAAAAACCCAUCGCCAACGGCACAGUCGCAAUCUGGGACGGCUAUACAAGCCGCUACAUCUACGUCGAACGGCGUCCGAAAAGAAAGAUCUCUUCAUUACUGCUCAAUUUGUUCGAAAGGCUUUAAAGAUAAGUACUCAGUGAACGUACACGUAAGGACCCAUACGGGAGAGAAGCCGUUUUCGUGUUCUCUUUGCGGCAAAAGUUUCAGACAAAAGGCGCACCUCGCGAAGCACUACCAGACGCACAUCGCGCAGAAGAGCGCGGCGGCCGCCGGCGCCGGCGCCGCCAAAUCCGGCAAGCAGAGGUAACCGCGCCCGCACCGCCUCGCUCUCGGUCAUUCACAUUCAUAGUCAAUUGAACUUUGUCACGGUGAUAAAUAAACGUAUUUUUAUAAUCGAAUACCUAAAGGCUGAAAUAUCACAGAUUGAAUUUGGUAAGGUGCUAAUUAUUGUAGUAGUUAUAGAGAAGUAGGCAGUUGUAAUGGAGAAUUUGGAGGUUCAUGGCCGUUUAUCAUAAUUGUUAAUUUGUGUGUAAAAUCCGCCCGUUACCGAACACUGUUUAGCUUUAGCUAAGUAUAGGUAGUUUUAAUAUCGAGAUUAUAUUAAUGUCUACAUUCCAUAUUUAUUAGUCAUUUAAUAUUAAUUUACGUUGAAGUCACGUAUUUUCAUGCAUUUUGUAAAGAUAUGCUUUGUUCCUGAAAUUGUACCUAAAUUAAAGAUGCACUGAAAUUACUUACAUUCCGUAACAACGUGGAGGCCAUAUUUUUGUCAAUAGCGAACAAAUAAGCCAUCAGAUAACCUCCGCCGACAGAUGAGCUGCGCAGCGCGGAUUACAGCCGCCGCAAUAAUUUCUCCCGCAGCGCGGCCGACUAAACUUUCUAAAAAAUAAAAAUAAAAACAGAGUAAAAGAAAGAGCAUUCUGUAUCUACCAUCUUUCACCGCUCGACUAUCGCAUCACUUUAUUGAUCUGCUUAGCUCGCUGCGUUAUUUUUUCCUCGUGAAUACCGAGUUCGUAAAUGAUGUAGGUACUAAGUACCUACUGUCGUUUUAGACAUAAUUUUAUGGGUCAAGAAAUGUACAUUGUAAAAUAUGCUUUCAUCAAUGCAAAUGAAACAAAUUAAAUUAUACUUUAGUUCAAUAAAUUAUGUAACUAAACCCACACUGAUAAAUAUAAUCUAACUAUGCAAUUACAAACAGCAAGGAACGAUAUUAUUCGACUAUCCGUAUCAGAGCAGUGAACGUUUUCUCAAUUCCAAUAUAAUCUCUUUUACAAGGGAGAGGCUUGAUUGCCCUCAGAUUGCUAUAAAUUAGAAAAACAAGUGGUGCUCCAAUCACGGUCUUUAAAAUUGUGCUCCCUUUCUCGUCCAGCAAAUUGGCCUUUCUUUGUUAUAUUUCUGUACUUACUGCCGUACAACAUCGAGCCUCGCCUCACAUUGUUUACUAAAAGUAACAGACGUGGUCAUUAUCCUACAGCUCCUCGCCUCACCAAGAUUUAUAUCAGAAACAAGAAAGCAGUAUCAUUAAGGGAAACGGGGGAUGGUAUACAUACACGAGCAUGGUUUAAACAUAGUCCAGCAUCGUUUCCAGUUCGUUCAGCGCUCAUAGCAUAUUAAAAGUGAUCAAAGGUUUACGAGCUUUCACUAGUAUACAGAAUGUAAUAGUUAUUUAUUACCGUCAUCAAAUUCCUAAAUCGCAAUUCGACAGCAGCCAACAUUGUAUGGAGUUUGUUCAUUAAUAGAUUACGCAGCAGAUUAUUUUAUAUAAAAAUAGUAAAAUGAAUUUGAUUUGAUUCGACCUCCAUAACAGGAAAUUAAAGUCUUUUUUAAUGAGUACUGCGUGGCGUGAGCGUGACACAGCAAAUUGCGCGGGAGUCGCGCUGCCGACGGAACUUAAAUAUAAGACUACAUUGAUAAUGCUUUUGAAAACUUUUUCGCAAAUUUCAUAAUUUUAGUUUGAAUUUAUCUUUCAUUUAUCACAGUGUAGGAAAAAUAAAUACAUUUAUAGUUUGACUUCGCGAAGUACAUAGAGUCAAGCAACAUAAUGAGUUGACCAUAUUCUUCAGCUCAAAAGAACUUUCAACUACAAUCAAAGCAAAUUUAAAAAUCAUCUUGGUCAUGAGGUGUGACCUCAUGGAUCACAGGCACAUUAAGCCUGUAAAUCAUGAGGUCGCUCCUCGGAGACCUUGACCUCCGCACGUCACUGCGGACACUACGCACCCCUUGCAAUGUAAUUACGGAACGACCUCGCUUUAUUGUUUAUUUUUUGCUUCUGAGGCCAACAUUGUGUACCUAUAAUAGAAUAUCGAUUCAAUUAUAAAACUCGUUAUACUCCAAUAGUAAACAUACAUAAUGAAUUAUAUAACUGUCUUAUCUGACCAUGUUGUUGACUUUUUGUGAAAUAUAAAUAAGAUUCAUGGUAUAUUUUAUGUGAACGUUAUUAUCGACGAGAUACAUCGAAAUCAUCUAUGCAAUAUUCAACUGAAUGAUAGUUGAAUGUUCACAAAAAUCAUACUAUUCAACAGCACGAAUGUUAUUUCAUACUACUUUCAUAUUUUGUUCAUUCACCUGUCAGAUGUUAACUAGGACCGUGUGCUAGGACCACACAGGUUAGAUCUCAAAAUAAUAUUCAUUAUUCUGGGAAAUCACCCUUAUAAAACACACACUGACUGAACUAUGGCUUAAUUGCUUUGAAUUUCUCUUUCAUAUUUUGCUGUGUAAAACUUGGGUCAAUAAAUACUCUUCUGUGGUAUGAGAUUAGUAUCUAUGUCUUGCCAAUGAGUGCAUUGAUAACCAAUUAAGUUAGUAUUUAUAACUGCAAACAAGCACUGCCGUGUAAUGCUCCUAUCUAUGAAGAAAUUAUUUUUUAACCGAAAUGUUAUUUUUGUAAUUGCCCAUAACUGAUCAAAUACAACGUAACAGUAGACGGUUUACAGUUAUGAUUCAAUGGUUCUCUGUCACAUCAUUUAUCUUAUAAACACACGUAAAAUAUAAAUAAUAGUUACUUUGAUAAAACACUCAUAAACAUGUUCGAGAUCAUCUCUCGGAACCUAAUUACACGAUUGAUCAAAAAUGACAAAUAUUAUGUAGAUGUGUGAGGUGUAGGGAAAAACAGUCGUUUUUUUUUAUGAGGGAAAAAUAAAUACCUUUUCAAUACUGUAACACAACUUCACUCGAUGAAGCUUGUUCAGUGAAUUAACUUUGUUUAUUACAUUUGUUUUAAUCUUUAUUAUUUAUGCCUGUUUAGACGACUGCCAAAAAUGAGUUUUAUAUAUUUUCAGGGUUUAUAUUUGGUAUGUGAGUUUCUAUAUUCUACCAUAAAUAACAACCUGUGAGGUAUUAUUAGAUUCGUUGCUAUCCCGAUAUAGGCUAUGUAAAGUUAUUAUAAAAUAAAUUUGGUGGAUCAUAUACCCCGUAAUCAUAAACUGAAGAAUGAAAUUUUGACUAAUAUAAUAGAUUAUGAUAUCAAAAUGAAGUGUUUUGAAAUGUGAUCACAAAAAUAUAUAAAAAUAGUAUCUUAAACUGUACAUUUAUAUUAAAUACGGUAAAACAAAAAUAAACUGAUCAGAGUAUGGCAGUCUCGUGUUUUAAAUUUUUAUAAAAUUGGUUAUUAAAAUAACUUUUUAUUUAUGUAUUUAAGUGUGAUAUUAUUUAUUAAAACAAGAUCAAAUGGAACGGCCUUAAUUUGACAUUUUUAUUUUUAAAAUAUUGUCUACACUGUUACUUGUUACGCCGAAGGUAUUCUUUUAAUUUAUAAAGUUACAAAGCCAGAGGAAACUCCUUUAACAAUACUCAUUAUUUGUAAAUAAAGAUUGUGUAAGUAAAAACUACUUUUGCGAAGUUUGUACUCUACCACUGUAUCUCAUUAGAUGGUAUUUUGAUAGCGAAUUUAUAGAGUUGUUAAGUACUUAAGUAUAUUAUAUGAAACUUUUGACAUUUACCAAUUACUGUAAGUAAAAUCUAAUAGAGACCUUUUAGAUUUAUAAGUUAUGCAUGAGCAUACAAGGUUGAUUAAUAUAUUCAUGUAAUAUAUUAAAAUAGUUGGAUACAUAUUUCGAAAAUGUUUAUUGAUAUUGAUCGAUUUUAUUGCAUUUGUUCCUGAGUUGAUAAAUUAGAUUUAUAGAUGAUAAUAUUUCUUGUUUAUAAGAUUUAUUAUAAAUAGGUCGUUCAUGCAUGCAUGAGUAAUUUAAUUUAAUUUAGUUUUUGUGAGUGUAUUUAAGUAGGAUGUAGAUAGACGCCCAGCUAUUUUGACCAAAAUAUUGUUUAUAUCUGCGCAGCGCACUUUAUCUGUGCAGUUUUUCAAUACCACAAACUACAAAUAAUAUACCCAUUCGUUCUAAAAAGCUUGGGCAUCGUUUACAUCGUCCUUAAAUGAGGUCCGUCCUGUACAAUACUUUCAUUAUUUAUUAUAGAAUUAUGGUUAAGAAGAAAAUGAGAAACAAAAACAUUAUUGUAUUUUGAUUAACCGGAGCUGUGAUUUUGCUUAUCUGUAUAUCUGUGCUAUCAGUCUCGUAGCUCGUGCAAAUGAUACAUUUGUCCGCAUGACACUGAUGAUCCCAUAACUAAAGUCUUCCAAACGUAGCUCAACGAUGUAGUUUCUAAAUCUUGUUAAAUAUAAGUUAAUAUAAAAAUCAUCAACUUAUCAUCAUACAAAGUAAACAUUUUGUACACGUAACUACCGAUUUUUUACAGGUUUUAUUAUGUUGCGUAUGAAUAAAGUCUUAAUGAUUUGGCGUAGUUAUGUCGAUAAUACAUUCAAAGAUCUUACGAAAAUGUACCUAAUGCAAUAAAUAAAUGUACUCGAAGCAACCAAUGUUUACACAUUUUACAGUUUUGUAUUGAAUUUCUUAUAUUUUUACUUUCCUACAUUAGUUUGCUAAUAAAAUGUUUUUAUA